AGCCAAUGUUCAAUUCGCAACCUCUCCGCCAAAGACGUGAGCAGUGUGCGCUACGAGCUCGUGCGGCUCGUUCAUGUGGCUGCAGGCGACACGCGCAACAGGUGCUCCAAAGCCAUUUGCUCGGCAUCGUUUCCUGGCGUCGCUCGGGGCGAGCACGUGGUGCAGACGCACUCGCUCCAGCUGCUUGGCCACGACGGAACCGUCUUGUACCCGAGCACGCGUGGCGAGUUUGUCUCGUGCAGUUAUGUACUCAAGGUCUCGUGCGCUAUCGGCUGGUUUACCAGCAUUCAAUUGGAACUACCUCUGGCCAUCGCGGUGCUAUGA